AUGCGCUUUUUUGCCGAUGCCCGUGAUGCCGCCCCCCACCACGAUGCCGCCCCGGGCAACCGCCCGUGUCGCCCGGAACUUGUCCAGAGCAUCUUUCCACAGAAGAAGAUCUUAUUUCAUUCCUGGUUUCAGCUCCUGCUUCUGUUUUGUGUUUUGGCCUUAGGCUUGUGUUACACCCUGUCCAGCCGCUCGCUGUCACUAUGGCAGAGCUUCCCACUGCAGGAACAAUACCAGUGGUUUUUAAACCAGAACAGUAGGGUUAAUGCACCUGCUUAUCGCAUUCACCCCAAACACAAAGUUAUAUUAAAUGACAUUAACAAAACCACUGAACCUUCGACUGUGCGAUCUACCUCCCUUCAGUACCACCAAGCCUAUCCACGCAACUACCAUUUUCUUAUGGAUAACACAGAGGUUUGCAAGAACAAGAUCCCAUUCCUGGUCCUCAUGGUUCCAGUGGCACCAAAAACUGUGGCAGCUCGGGACGCGAUCCACCAGACAUGGGGCAAAGAAAACAUAGUUCAGGGUGAGCUGGUACUCACUUUAUUUAUGUUGGGUGUCUCUAGAGAAGAUAAUGUUGAGAAGCUCGAACAGGAAAAUUUGCAGCACCAUGACCUGAUCCAGAGUGACUUCAUAGACAGUUAUCUAAACCUAACAAUCAAAACCAUGGUGAUCAUGGACUGGCUAAGUACACACUGCCCUGCAGCAGCCUAUGCCAUGAAGAUUGACUCUGACAUGUUUCUGAAUGUUGACAAUCUAGUAAUCAUGCUAAAACAGCCGGGCAUCCCCAAGACAAACUACCUGACAGGGAUGCUUAUGUGGAACAGACCAGUCAUUCGUUCCAAGAACUCCAAGUGGUAUGUGCCUGAGGAAUUGUAUCCAGAGCCUAAAUACCCGACCUACACACUGGGUAUGGGAUAUGUCUUUUCCAAUGAUCUUCCAGAGAAAUUUGUGGAAAUUUAUUUAUUUGUAUAUUUAGGGUUACUGGGUUGUAAAGAUGAAAGUGAGCUACUGCAUUACAUUUAA